AUGCAAAAAUUGUUGGUAUGCAGGGCUUUGCAUGAGAAAGAUGAUGGCCACAGAAUAUCACGGGCAAAGUUUUUCUUCAUAGCACUAGUAUGUAGCUUUUCAUGGUAUGUGAUACCUGGAUACUUCUUCACAACACUCACAAGCAUAUCAUGGGUCUGUUGGGUAUUCUCCAAAUCAGUCACAGCUCAACAACUAGGCUCAGGAAUGAAAGGCCUUGGAAUUGGAGCAUUGACACUUGAUUGGUCUGCUGUGGCAUCAUUCUUGUUCAGUCCUCUUAUCUCACCAUUCUUUGCAAUUGUCAAUGUUUUUGUGGGCUAUGCAAUAAUAGUCUAUGCUGUAACUCCCAUCGCAUAUUGGGGCCUAGAUACUUACAAUGCAAAAAGAUUUCCAAUUUUUUCCUCUCACUUGUUCACUUCCCAAGGUCAAAAAUACAACAUUUCUGCUAUUGUUAAUGACAAGUUUGAGCUAGAUUUUGCAAAGUAUAGAGAACAAGGUAGAAUUCAUCUAAGUGUGUUUUUCUCUCUCACUUAUGGCUUUGGAUUUGCCACUAUAGCAUCCACCCUUACGCAUGUUGGCUGCUUUUAUGGAAGGGAGAUUAUGGAGCGUUAUCGUGCUUCUUCCAAGGGUAAAGAAGAUAUUCACACAAAAUUGAUGAAAAGAUACAAAGAUAUACCUUCUUGGUGGUUUUCUGCUUUGCUGGUUGGGUCCCUUGCUGCUUCUCUAGCACUAUGCAUCUUUCUCAAUGACCAAAUUCAGAUGCCUUGGUGGGGACUUCUCUUUGCAGGAGUUUUAGCUUUUGAAUUUACUCUCCCUAUUAGCAUUAUAACAGCCACCACAAAUCAGGUCAAUUAA